AUGCUUCAGAAACUGAAGUCUGAGAACACUGACUACAUCUUUGAAGCACUUCGAUGUGGGAUACAGUUAAUUGGAAACCUUGCUGUUGAUAACCAGUUCUGCAAAGAUGACAUUUGGAGGCUCAUCUUUCCAGAUCUUCUCUGGGCCCUGCUGUGUGUGGAUGAUGAAAGGGCAGUGGGCUACUCCUCCAUGGUGCUCCACACCUGUCUAGAUGAACACAAGGUGGAGCAACUGGCUCAGACAGGGAACAUCCACCUGGCCCUGAAGGUCAUGGAGCUGUGUAGGACUCAGUCAGAACUGGACUGGACGGUUUUGAUUGCUACCCAGCACUUCCUCAAGUCGUCAGUGCUCGUUAAGAACAUGUAUGCAGGGAUGAGCCAUCAGGAGAGGGUGACGUUGCUGCAGCUGAUCUCUGCUCAGUUGGGAGAGGAGGACUCUAAGGACUGUGGGAUCCCCCCCACUGUAGCUACCUUCCUGGCAUCCUGCUUCCAGGAGCGCUGUGGGGCCGUGCUCACACUCGCCUCCAAAUCAGACAAUGAGGAGGCCCUGACUGUGAUCAGCCUGUUAGAUGUUCUCUGUGAGAUGACCUCUGAUCACAAACAGUUCAUGUUCCUGCAGAACCACCCUGACCUCCUCAAGUCUACAGUUGAUCUCCUGCAGCAGGUCCAUGCUCUGGGGAAGACCAGUAAGAAUGUAUUGAGCCCCAAUGAGGGAAAUAUGUUUUGCCACCAGCAGCAGACAUCAGACAAACAGUACCGACACACAACACACAGGCAUACAGCUGUUAGGGAACUGGAUGGUCUUCCUCUCAUUAUGGACAACUGUAGUAUUGACAGCAACAAUCCCUUCAUCAGCCAGUGGGCCAUCUUUGCCACCCGGAACAUUCUAGAACACAACCUGGAGAAUCAGGAGCUGGUGGCAGCUCUAGAACGUUGCGGGGUGGCCGAUGACUCCGCCCUGAGGGCCAUGGGCUUCAGAGUAGAGAAGAGAGAUGGUAACAUGCUGCUCAAACCCUGUUCAAAAGACCCUUAA